AUGACAAACAUAACCACACCAAGUGGCUUCCUCCUCCUGGGGUUCUCUGACAACCGGGAACUGCAGAUCCUGCAUGCCUUGUUCUUCUUGGUGAUGUACCUGUUGGGCUUGGCAGGUAACUUCAUCAUUAUUGUCAGCACAACCCUGGACCCGCAGCUCCAGUCUCCAAUGUAUUACUUCCUAAAACACCUUUCCCUUCUCGACCUCUCCUCCCUGUCUGUCACUGUCCCCCAGUCUAUUUACAAUUCCCUGACUGGCAGUGGAUACAUUUCCUAUGUGCAGUGUGUGCUGCAAGUUUUCUUCUUCAUAUCCUCGGGCUGGGCUGAGUUCACUAUUCUCACAGUGAUGUCCUAUGACCGCUAUGUAGCCAUCUGCCUCCCACUGCACUAUGAGGUCAUCAUGAGUCUCAGAACAUGCAGGUGGGCUGUGUCAGCUGCAUGGCUAAGUGGAGGCAUUCCAGGAACUUUGUACACAGCUACCACAUUCUCGAUCAGAUUCUGCAGAGCAAAUAAAAUCUACCAGUUCUUCUGUGAUACCCCCCAGUUGCUCAAGCUCUCCUGCUCUAGUGACUACCUGGGAGUAAUUGGAGUGGUUGCCUUCAUUGCUGCUAUGUCAUUUGUCUGCUUCAUUGCCAUCACCCUCUCCUAUGUCCAGAUAUUCUCCACAGUCCUCAGGAUACCCUCUGCUGAAGGUCGGUCUAAGGUCUUCUCUACCUGCCUGCCCCACCUCUUGGUUGUAUCAUGCUUUUUCUUCACAGGAACCUUUGCAUAUCUGAAGCCAACUUCAGACUCUCCAACUGCCUUUGACCUCAUACUCUCUCUGUUUUACACAGUACUUCCCCCAACACUCAACCCUGUUAUCUACAGUCUGAGGAAUGAGGCCAUGAAAACAGCUAUAAGAAAGUUACUGUUUCCUGACAGUUUCCAUGGAGAUAAAUUAGUUUUGCCUUAUUGUUAA